AUGAUAGAGAAAUCAUUGAGUGACCAAUUUAAAAAUGAGGUGGAAAUCAUGAGGAAGCUAAAUCAUCCCAGAGUUUUGGGUCUUCAUUAUUUAUACGAGUCAAGUAAUGAUAUAAAACUUGUAUGUGAUUAUGUAAAAGGAGGAGACCUAACUCAAAGAAUGAGAAGUAUAAAAAAAUAUCCAGAAAAUCUUGCUAUAAUGUUUAUCAUAAAUUUGCUUGAAGCCAUAGAUUAUCUCCACUCUAAUGGUGUUGUUCAUCUUGAUCUUAAGCCUGAUAAUAUUCUUCUUGAAGACCACGAAGGGUUCAAAAUCUGUGAUUUUGGCUUGUCUGCUCAGUUUGAGACUGACAACGAGCUUACUUCAAAAUGUGGAACUCCAGGCUACAUAGCUCCAGAAAUCCUGCGCGAUGAAAAAUAUGGGACAAAAGCUGAUAUUUUUAGCGUCGGGAUCAUUUCCUACCAGCUUCUUACUGGCAAAUUACCAUUUGAAGGUUUUGAUGUACUAACUAUUUUAGCAAUAAAUAGAGAGUGCCAUAUAAAUUUCCACGAAGAUGAUUGGUCACAUCUUUCGAGUUCAGCUAAAAAUUUUGUAAUACGAUUAACAGAUCCUGAUCCUUUUAUUAGGCCAACUGCGAAAGAAGCAUUAGAUGAUCCUUGACUAAGCAGUUUGUGGGGGAGAAAAAUCAGGGAUGUAGAACAGCCGAAAAAGAAAAUUUCAAUUGAAGUACCGGAAUUCGUAUUUCGAUCAAAAUUGAAGCUGAACUCAAAACCCAACAAUGAAUGCGUGUUAGAUUAA